CGCUCGUCAGACACUUUCAGCGUCAUUCUUCACUAGAGCUCGGCCGCACAAAGCCACCAGUACCCGACGCCACAGCCAUCAGUCCCCACUCGAUGGCCUCACCAAUCCGGCCGCCGCCGCCCCCGCCCCCGCCCCCGCCGGCGGCCGAUCCCGUCGCGCCUUCUUCUCCCCCUUCACAGCAUCCCUCCCGUGAUGGAUCCCUCUCGCCGGAGAACUCAGCACCAGCUCCACCACCAUCACCACCGCCACCUCCUCCUCCCUCGGCUGGUCCUACCCCAACUCCGCCUCCUCCCAGCGGUUCCUCUCCAUCCUCACCUCCGCAUCCCCAGCUGCCGCCGCCGCCACCGCCACCGCCGCUGCCGCCUUCGCUUCCACCCAGCGCCGAUGCUUCUCCUCCCCACCCGCGUGAGGGCCACACAUCGCCGCCGCACUCUCCGCCCCACCCCACCCCGGCUCCAGUGCCGCCGCCACCUCCAGCGCCGGCGUCCUCGGACGCCAAGUCGGAGCAGGAGGCGGCGAAAUCGGCUAGCGAGUCGGGGAGCAUGACGCUGGCCCUCGCGCUAACCCAAGACUCCACGCCGCCGACGCCGCCGAAGGUCUCCUCGGCCGAGGCGUCGCCAGCCGGUUCGCCGCAGAAGGAAUCGGCCGUCACCAUCGCGAAGCUCCUCUCCGGCGAAGACCUCGCGGCGGCGGAGGCGAAGCCCGCAGCGGACAAGGUUGCCCCUCCGAGCGACACCGGGUCACUUGCUGCGGUGGCAGCCGUUACUGGCGUUGGUGGAGGCGGAGGCGGAGGCGGCGUGGGGUCCAAGAGAUGGCUCCUAAGCGGCGGCGUCCCGGAGAAGGUGCGGCGCGCGGAGCUGAGGAGGGCCGAGCUGGGGUUUAGGGUUUCAGCCGCCGUGUUCUGCCUUGUUGCACUCUCUGUCAUGGCCGCCGAUACCACAACGGGCUGGUCCGGCGACUCCUUCCGCCGCUACAACGAGUACAGGUAUGUACUUGCAGCGAGCGUCGUGGCUUUUACCUACUCAGGGUUCCAAUUGGUAGCCGAGGUGCAUUACCUUGUCACAAGGAGGCACAUCAUUCAAGCCCCAUGGCGCAGCUACUUCAAUCUCGCCAUGGAUCAGAUGUUAGCUUACCUCCUACUAUCCGCAUCUUCAGCAGCACUUUCUCGUAAUGAUGUUUGGAUGUCUCGGUUUGGAGGGGACCAAUUCACGAAACUGAUCAACGCUUCAGCCUCCAUGGCAUUCCUCGCUUUCAUUGCCCUUGGUCUUAACUCAAUCAUCUCUGCUUACUGUGUCUUCAGCUUGGUAUCGUAGACCUACUGAUGUUCAUUACCUGAUGUGUAUAGUAUAUUAGUAUGUCAUGGAUGUAUCUCGGGCCGCUGAACUUCAAUUUUUUCUGCUUGUGGCUUGUGACAUCCUUAAUCUCUACAACUUGGCUAUACUGCACUACUGCAGUAGUAGAUUGAACUCAAGAUUGGUUUUUAUAAAAAUUAAGUGGAUUUACCAAGGAUUCAUGCUGCUUUCUCAUGAAUCUGAAAAGAUAUGCACCUGAGACCACUUCAAUUGCUGGGUGAUAAUUGCCAUACUAAUGUUGUGACCCUGUAUAUAUGCUGGUGAAGCCAUUCGUGUGUUUGCUUCAUUUUGCAGUGCAGGGGUGUAUAAAGUACAGGGGUGUAUCAGCAGUUAGUCACUCUAAUUGAUGUGCAUCAGGAAUAUGCAAUGCCCGUUUGGCGAA